GUGCACAAAGCGGGAAAAGAGAGAACGGGAGCAUCUGCCUCCGAAACGCGCGCGCACACGGGGAGGAUGAUGCAGCCUCGGUUCAGACAACAGACACGGAGCUGAAGAAGAAGAGGAGAACCGGGGCGGACCGAGCGGACUCACGGACACCGACACCAGCAUCUACCGGGACCGGAGCUUACCGGGGGGCCGGGGUGCAGCUCCCACCGGACCGGACCGGGCCGAACCUCCUCCCCAUCGGUGUGCUCGUGCGGAGGGAGGAUGAAGAAGAGCAGCCAGAGCAGGCGGGGCGUCCAGGAUUCAGGUCCGCCUGCAGUCCAGCAGCCGGAGAAGGUUGGUUGGAUCCGGAAGUUCUGCGGUCGAGGGAUUUUCAGGGAGCUGUGGAGGAGCCGGUAUGUGGUGCUGAGAGGAGACCACCUUUACAUCUCAGACAAAGAGGUGAAGGACGAGCGUAAAGCUCAGGAGGUUUUCGAUCUCGCGGAUUACGAACGUUCGGAGGAGCUGAGGAAGGCGAAGAGUCGCAGCAAGAAGAACCACAGUCGCUUCACAGUGCUGCGCUGCAGACAGCCGGGAAACACCGUUCCCAACCUCGUGUUCCUGGCAGUGAGUCCUGAGGAGAAGGAGUCAUGGGUCAACGCCCUCAACGUGGCCAUCAUCAAGGCCAAGAACAGAGUGUUGGACGAGGUGACCAUUGAGGAGGACGGCGCUCUGGUUCAUCCAACCAGAGAUCGAGCUAAGAUCCCUCACGGCCGCCGGCUGCCAACCAGAGGACACCUGAUGGCCGUGGCGUCCACCUCAUCUCACGGCAUGCUGACCCUCGACCUGGUGGCUGAGGAGGACGGUUUCUUCCCUGACUACGAUGGCGACUUGCAGGAGUCCUGGGAGAACAGCUUCCGGGUCGACCUGCAGACGGGCGCCGGGUGUCGAGGCGUUGGAGGCCGACAGCGAGCCGGGACCGACGUGUCGAAGCUCCGGGUGACCUCCAAGGAGCCCAAGGUGAAGACGGGCAGUCUGCCCCGAGGCAGCGAGCGGUCCUGGGGGAAGCAGUCCCAUCUGGAGGCCUCCAAGGUCCACAAGACGUCCCAGGUGCAGGUCCUCCAGGCUCAGUCUCGGACACCGCAGCCUGGAAAGAGGUUUAGCAUGCAGGGUCGAAGCCGCUGCGCCUCCAUGGAUGAAGUUCACUCCUCCAGGCCGGCGUUGAUCCGAUCAGAGCUGCGUUCGGCUCUGAGACGUUGUCCGACCGAGGAGGAGGCAGGAGGCGAAGCUUCAUCGCAGCCGGUCGGUCAGCUGCAGAGCCUCAUCGCUCAGAGGAUGCAGAGAGCUCAGGAGCUGCUGGAGGAGAUGAGGCUGCAGGAGCUGCAGAAGGCCAAAGCAGAGAGAGAACGAGGAGGCAGCUCACCGUACCUGAAGGGCAUCGACUCCCCUCGCCUCCAUCACCUCAGGGGCUCCGAGUCUCCUCACUCCAGCAGGUCUUCAGGAUCUUCGAGGAGCCGGAGCAGCGACUCUCCUCGUCUUCGAGGCAAAGACUCUCCUCGCCUCAGAGGUAGAGAGUCUCCCCGGUCCAAAGCUAAGAGGAAUCGCUCCAAAGGAACCGACUCUCCUCGUUCCAAAGGAUCUCAUUCUCCCGCUGCUAAAGGCAGCGACUCUCCUCGACUGAAGGAUUCGCCUCGACUGGCCGACUCUCCUCGAUCCAAGAGCUUUGACGCUCCCAAACUAAAGGCCUCGUCCAGCAUCUCCUCCAACAAGCAGGAAGACUCUCCAGUGCAGAAGUCGCCAGAAUCGCCGCUGUGCAGUUCCCCUCAGGUUAAAGGAUCCGAUUCACCUCGAGGCAGCGAAUCCGACUCCCCUCGUCCAGGUAGCAGGAAGGAGUCUCCCUGUCAGAGCCAGAACUCCCCGAGUCCAUCUGGAUCCUUCGAGUCCUCGCAGCCCAAAACCCCCGACAAGCACCAGCUGUCCCCACCACCGCCCGGCGCCCAGCUGCCAGAUGAGGACUCGGAGGUGGAGAGGAGGCGAGCUGAGGCCGAGCGUCUGCUGGAGGAGGCCGUAUCGUCCUGGAAGGAGGCGCAGGAGGUGCUGCAGGAGGUGAAGGAGCUGCAGAGUCAGACGCUGCGACGACAGCGAAGGAGAACCUACGAGAAGAUGACAUCGUCGGCUGCAGCAGCCGGAUUACCGUCAGCGACCGCGGCGGCCGAAGAGGACGACACUCCGACCUCACCAACGUCACCGGAGGACGACGACGAAUCAGAGACACCUUGACGGGAUUUUGUCUUACAGAUAUUUAUUCAUUUUUGAAUUUCCUCAGUGGAAGUAGCAGCGUUUUGCAGCAUGCUUACAGAGACAGGUUUGUUAAAUUUGGGAGUUUUUAAUUCUACUUCUGAACUGAUUUCCAUCUUUUAAUCCGCUAACGGUGAACACUGCAGCCAGCAUGGAUUAUAUUGAAAGCAGUGAUACAGUUCUUCCCAGGAGGUUUAAUGACUUUAAUCCUCCACAGUGCACUACAGCCAGACGCCCUCUCACUCCUGCUGCUCUUUUUUCCACAGAGUCUCCCUGAGUGGCAGCUGAGCCACAUUUAAUCAGAGCAAACACAGUUUUAAUGGAGAGGCCUCGCUUCACCUUCUCCCACGGUGCUGCACGUUUUCCUCUUCCUGCUGAAAGUGAAGUGAAACGCCUCUCUGUUGAUGUCAAAGACGAGUUUUUGGAUGAAGCUUUGAAAGAUUUUUUCAAGUAAAGAUGUCAGUGUUUAUAUAGAGAAAACUUUUUGAAUACGACACAAACAUGCGACUGCUGAAGAGCACUAGGUUUCCUACAGAGGAGGUAGUUUGCUGUAAAUUUGUUCUUUUUGAUUGAGACGGACUUCCAGUAUCCUCACUGAUUUAUCUGCUGAUGUAUAUUUAAAUCUUCUUGUGUCCGUCCCUGCUUUAGUUGUAGCCCUGCGUGUAAAGCGUUCUUCCAGAUCACUGGUCGUAUUUUUUAAUCACUCGGGAUUUUUGCAGUGAGUUUUGUGAAGCUUCAGCCAAAAUCAGGGACUUUAAUGUUGAGCACCAUGAAGACGGAAGAAGCAAUAAUGAACUCAGAGAAAAUGUUUACAUGUUGUGAGUUAAACAAGACUCUCUGUGCACUAUGGACUGCUUUUUUUUUCUUUGCAACAACACAACUUUGCUCGAUUAGCUGUGCGGUAAAACCUUGAGUUAAGAAUAUGAAGAAUAUGGAGCAUGUUAGCACAAAACUGAAAUCAUGAAGGUUUGAUUUGCACAGUUUCUACUGAACAGAUGCUGGAUUUUAAAACAUCCACCAGCAAUGCACUGGAUUUUUAAAAAGAAUUCCAAUUUUAAAAAAAAUUGUGCUAAAGUUCCCUUAAAAUCUUUUUUACAGAAUCAUUACCAGCAUAUGUCACUUCGAUUAAAUAUGUAACAUAUAAUUAUAUGAACACAAGGACAAACAUACGAGACACGAGUAGCUGAAUAAAAGAUUUUACAGACAAAUAAGGACAUUUAACUCAGUGAGGGCUGCACUAUUAUAUUGAUCGAUAAUUGAAAUCACGACUAUUUAUCACAGUUACUCGUAGAUGUUAGCGACAAAACAUUUUUAUUGCACUUUCACUUUGAAAUAAACCGCUGCUUUCACUUCCAACUACAUUUCUGCUAAAUGUAUAAAAUCUGCAUCAAAAUAGGACUUAAAACCUAAAUAAAUUCAGAGUGUCCCAUUGAGGCUUUAUAUAAAUAGAACUGUUCUCCUUUGCUGAACAUCUGCUUAUCAAUAGAUACUGCAAUUUACAGAUGUUCCGUGAAUGCCUCACACACAGGCUAAGUAAGAAGCGAGUUAGUCGGCUGUGCACAGAGAAGCUUCUAGUCUUCACUGCAGCAGUUCAGACAGAUAUGUGACCGAACACCACUUUAAAAAGACUGAAAUAAGGCGCUCUAUUAUCAGAUUUACCCAAACCAGAGUGAUUUUAUUAACAUAAGCUGUUUUCUGUGAGCAGAACAUUUUUAUUUACUUGUGAAAAGCCAAAAUUGUGAUUCUUUUUCAAUUAAUUGUGCAGCCCCAGUCUCAGAUAUGCAUGAUGAAGUUUACUGAUGCACACUCGACUUGUUGCUGAGGAUCUGAUUGCAAAAUGUACGUGUUCAUUUAUGUGCUGUCAAACGUGGCAAACUCAACAUGUCACAAACAUAAAUGACUGAACCUACAUGUCACGGACAUAAAUGUUACAUUUUACACAAGUAAAUAAUGAAACAUGUCUCAUGGAUGGAUAAGUUUCCCAUAAUUUUGUUGAGUUUCAAAAAUUAGCUUCUCCUGAACAAAUUUAAAUUUGACAUAAGAUUAAAGCCAUUUUUUUAGCUGACAUGUGGCUACAUCUGUAAGCUAAGCUAAUAUUAGCCAUGUAGCUGCAGUUGACUCACUUAUCCAAACCUAACAGGAGUUCAUGACAGAAAUACAUACAACUGACAAAAAUAUACAUGCAGCAUGGAGAUGGUCUUCCUCUCUGACUGAGAAAAAGUUAAAAAUAUUGCUGUUAUUGUGGUUAGAAAAAGACUAAAUUUAGCUGAACUUAGUUCAGCUGGUGACAGAUUCUCAACCGCUGAGUUAGUCAACACUGUAGACACCUCUUUGACCAGUGACUGUUAAAGUCCAUCUUAAAAUGCAUCUUUAUUCAAAAUAGACACGAUGCCACAGACAAGAAGAGAAAGACUCGAAUGGGGGAUUGGCACAUUGGAUGUCAGUUAGCACCAUGACCAGUCACAUCAGACGGUUGGUGGGUGUAGGAAUGACAGAUAAUUGACUGCUGUUUUUCAACUGAAGGGAGGAUGCAUUGCAGAGAGGAUCACAGAGACAAUGAAUGGAAAGCACUGAAAUGACUCAUUCUGUGUAUGUGUACCAUAACAAAGUUUCCGACUGCACGACUCACAAUCUGGAACGUGACUGCAGAUAAAGUCUGUCUACUAGAGCCCUGACUUGUCACAUCCAGCUUGUAUGUCUUAGGAAAUUGUUUGCAAUCGUCUACAGAGACACUAAUGAAGUCGUCUGUGUGCUCAACCAAAGAAUAUCAGCUCAAACUGCAAGGAAAUACCUCAAGGAAGCUGGUUUCCGAUCUUGAAGGAGCGGCAGAACAACGUUGUAAUCAGCUCAAACUGGACUCCAGCCAAACGGAGUACUGUUGAAUGUCAUUUUCAGCUGUACAAAGCAGAUGGUCCAUUUGACGUCAUACAUAUGAUCACCGUGAAGAUGGAAGAGUGAUGGUUGGAUGGACAAAGAACACGUCUGAAUUUCACUGAUGACGAUCUUAAAGCCCAACAACAUUGAGAUAAAAUCCUUAUACCCGUAGUUAUCCCCUUUAUUCGCCACCAGCACUUGACAUCUCAACACAACAUGUGUCCCCAUGUUUCCUGCAUAUAUACCGCCCUUCUAAAGCCCCUGAAGAUGUUUGAAUCCUACCCCGUCCUGCAGACUCUCCAGACAUGUCACCAAUCCAACAUCGUUUAGACUCUCUGUAUGCCCGACUUUGUGAUCCUAAUCCCCAAAAAUGUCUGACAACUUCGUCAAACCCUUCAAGGAAAGUGGAACAACAUUCACAAUCUACACUAGAAGCCUCUAGUCUCCAUCGGUUGCUGCAGCAGCUCAGACAAAUGCGUCACCAGAAAUUACUUUGAAAAGAGUAAAAUUAAGCGUUCUAUUAUCAGAUUUACCUCAAGCAGAGUGAUUUUACUGUAACAGAAGCAGCAUUGACAAACUUGUUCACUCUCCAUUGUAGUUAUGGCGCGACAUGAUGCAAAUGGUGAAUGCACUCAGUCCUAACUCUCCAUCUGACCAUUAUCAUUUCACAUUUACUUGGUUGCUUCAUUUGUAACAACAGAUACUUAUUCCCUUUUGUUAAAAAGAAUAUAAUGUGUAAGAAUAUUACAUGCUGCGUUUAUGUUUUUGUCAGUGUAUUUAUAGCACACAAGCAGGUGAAUCCAUUUCUUCGAUCAUUGUGUUCUUAAUAGUAUAAUUAGCACAAGGAUUUAUUCAGCAAUAAAAUUGAAACAUUUACACUUUUUUAAAAACUUUACGAUCAAUGAAAUCAAUGUUUGCUGCAGCCCUCUCUUAAAACUUGCAGUUUUCUUUAAGAAUUCAUGGAAGUAUGGACACAUAAUGAGCUGCCGAUGUUUAAUGCUGCUCAAAAAUAAUCAGCAAACCGUUUAAAGUCACAUUUUGUAAUAUUCUCGUUGAUUUAUGGGAUUUUUGUGUUGGUCGCUGGUGUCACGAUGUUUUGAAGUUUUUGGGUGUUUUUGCACAUUUGUCAUGAGAGCAUGCAGGAGAAUGCACCGACAUCGAACGAGCAGAAACACGUUAGCGGUUCUUUAUGUUGUGAGUGACGUUGGUGAGAAGUUGUUGAACAAAAUGGGUUUAUUUGAAUUUACGUUAAAGUUAAUGCACAUUUAAGGCGACACUCAGUUUACAUGAGGCUGUGUCACCGUUAACACGUAAAGCAAGUUAUUUUAAAUGUUCUUUCUUUGCUUACUUUACCUGACUGUAGAUCUAUAUGUUGAUGUUGUUUGAAUUACUGUAUACAGCAAUGCAUUGUGGGUAAAUGGCGCCAGAGAAAACACGGUUGAUUUUCUGUUUGGAGCAUCCAGAGCUCGUCUUCACAUGCAGACUAGAAUAAGCUAAGCUGCCGGUGAGGUGAGAGUUUCCAGCUGCAGCUUUACGGUGGAUUCGACACUCCGACGUCUCAAACACCUGAACAGGUGGAUUCGUCUCACCUCACUGGUUCAGUUCUUUCUUGUUUGAAUAAAAAAGUCUUGAAAGUAAAAUAUAACACCA